AAUCGAUAAGUGAAUAUGGCGACCCCCCCGAAGAGGCCGUGCCCCCCUCUCUGCAACCCGCCGCUGGACGGAAAUUUUUUCCGCCACAGGAAGGAGAAGAAGAUCUCCAUCGAGGGAAACAUCGCUGCAGGGAAGUCGACAUUUGUCCGCCUCCUUCAGACGGCGUCGGAGGACUGGGAGGUCAUACCUGAACCCAUCGGCAAGUGGUGCAAUGUCCACAAUGACAGUGAUGAUAUUUACCAGGAGCUGAGCUCAUCUCAGAAAAGUGGAGGAAACCUGCUGCAGAUGCUGUACGAUAAACCAAGCCGCUGGUCCUACACCUUCCAGAGCUACGCGUGUCUGAGCAGAGUUCGAGCACAGCUUCAGCCUCCAUCAAUCAAACUUCAGCAGGCAGAAAACCCUGUCCAGUUCUAUGAGCGCUCCGUUUACUCCGACAGGUACGUGUUUGCGUCCAACCUGUUUGAGUGUGGGGACCUCUUGGAGACAGAGUGGAGUGUGUAUCAGGACUGGCACACCUGGUUACUGAACCAGUUUGAGUCUGACAUUGCUCUUGAUGCCAUCAUCUACCUCAGAGCCCCACCACAGCGCUGCAUGCAGCGGCUGCUCCAUCGCGGUCGGCAGGAGGAGCAGGGGAUUCCUCUGGAGUACCUCGAGCAGCUGCACUUCAAACACGAAGCCUGGCUCUAUCACAGGAACCUCAGGUUGGACUUCAGUUACCUGAACGAACUUCCUGUUCUUGUCCUGGAUGUCAAUGACGACUUCAAGAAUGACCGCAUCAAACAGGAAGCCAUCAUCGACAAGGUCCAAGAGUUUCUCAACACAUUGUGAAACUGCAUCAACCAGAGCUGUUGAUAGAAGUGGUGCAGAACUUAUUUCAACCUGUAUUGUUUUUAAUGGAUUCUUUUUAUAUUUUUGUAGUUUAAUAUUUUCUGCGUGUGUGUGUGUGUGUGUGUGUGUGUGUGUGUGUGUGUGCGUGCGUGUGUGUGUGUGUGUGUGUGCGUGUGUGUGAGAGAGUGACAGAGGUAACAUGAUGUAUUUACUUGUUCUAUAUUAGGUUAUAUUUUUCCCUUCAGUCUGGAUCAUUCCUGUUUGUCCUCAUGGUGAGGUGUUAGUAACCGCUCCACGAUGCUUUCAGGGUCACUGGGUGUUCUGUGUGAAUAAAUUAAGUCA